GUGCGCGCGCGCGCAGGAGUGUCGUGAAGCUGUGUGAUGAGGUGGAGUGUGUGGAGAAAACUCUGCUGAAGAGACGAGCGGAGCUACGAGAGGCCGACAGGAAACUGCUGGAGGCUCAGAGCUGCAUACACACCAGCAGAGUCCAGGCCAGCGAAGCUCAGCGAGACGCCGCUGCGCUGCGGCUCAGAGGGGAGGACAAACAGCGUGCCAGGGAGUUGCAGGAAGAGGUGGAGCAGCUGAGGAGGAUGAGGGAGGAGGAAGGGCAGAUGCUCAGGCAGGUGGAGGAGGAGCUGAGGAGCAGAGAGGAGGAGCUCCAACAGCUCGACAGGGAAAUACAAACAGCCAGAGACACACUCGCUGACCUGCUGUCUGACUGUGUGGAGGCUCAGGGGCAUCUGGACUCUCUCAGCACUCAGCUGAAGAGGGACGAGGUGGAGGGAGCGAGGGAUGAGCAGCACGAGCUGGAGGGCGUGGUGGACAGGAAGAGGGAGGAGCUUGCCGAGCUGAUGCACAAAGUGGAGUCCCGUAGGGGAGAGGCCGAGUCGUGUCUCCGAGAGAAAAGCCGGCAGCAAACAGAGCUGCAGGAGGUGCAGGAGGAGCUAAGCAGGAGGAGGGAAGAGAGGAGGAGACUGCAAGAGCAAUGUAAACACCUGGAGGCCAGGCGGAAGCACGCUGACAGACAAACUCUCCUGGACAUUUGACAAAACUCGCAAUCUGGACCUUCACAAACCAACUU